AUUUCUGAAUAAUCAGUCUACUCCGAGAAACUUUCGAUAACGUCACAGUUGAACGAUGAACAUACUCAGAUAUGGAUGUUUCAUGUUUGCAAAGCUUAUUUCACAAAUAUGAUCCCUAUUAUCAUUUGCUGGUGAUGUUUCUUAAUGGUAAAGAAAUGUAUUUUUCUCUCUGGAAUUAUUUUCGGGCCAUUCUCUAUUUUUAUCCAUUUGUGAUACAGUAGAAGCCGUUUAACUGCACACCCCACUUGCUAGCGUACUAGGAUGCCGUGCAAUUAUCCGGCUGAUGCUAUAAUGCGAAGUUAUCCAGCUGGACCGCACCGGUUUGGGAUUUGGGGAUUCUGUGCAAUUAACAGAAGUGUGCGUUAAUCCCGUGUGCAAUUAACUGGCUUCUACUGUACUAAAAUCUAACGUAGAAAAAAACUGAAGUUCUCAUGAAAGAGUUUGCGAAAAUCAUGACAUCGUCACUUAAAUGUCUUAGCGUUACCCGUUUAACGUUUUUACAAGUACACUGGUAAAACAAAAGAUUGUCACGUGUUUUGUAGUGUAUUGACUGAACUGACUGUAGUGCUUUCUUUACCUAACACUUUCUUUCAUGCUGAAAAAAAGGAAACCUUUAAAAAAAGGAAAACAAAUUUCCUACACAACCAUGGCAAAAUAUACUCGGAGUUACCCGGAUGUCCAGACAUGCACUUGUAGUACUCCAGUGCGUCGUUUAUCGGUAUCCGUGGCGACAAUUAUGAAUAAAUAUAGAGGCCACUUUAGCAUCGAGAAACACCGGAACGGUACGGUCCACUCAGCCCAACGAUACAUCCACAACGACCAUCUUUCCAAUCAGCAUGUUUGAAAUACAAAUCGUUGCCGAACGGUACUAGUAGUAUGUUGCGAACGCUCUUAUGUUUGCUUUGUCUUUUGUAAAUCGCAAAUGUUUUGAACUGAUGAAUUCAGAGAGCCUACGAUCAUCAGAACUCGUCGGUGUAACAAUAGUAUGCGUCCGUAUUCGGUUUCUUGGCUUCUUCUCCUCUUGGCAGGGUAUAGUGCUUUCAGCACUGGAGUCUGUGUAACAGAUAAGAAAGAUUACUACGAGGUCUUGGAUGUUCUCAGCGACGCUAAAUCCGCAGAAAUCAAGCGAGCCUUCCGACGCCUGGCGGCCGAACACCACCCGGAUAAAAACAAGGAUCCGGCAGCGGAGACCCGGUUUCGUGAGAUCGUCGAAGCGUACGAAGUGCUUACAGACGAGCACCUACGGGCGGUGUACGACAAAGAUGGCUACAGUGGACUAGAGAAGUUCAAACGAGGUCAGGCUUCAUCUGACAGUCAACGAUUCAGAAAAGGCCAGUUUGACGUUCAAAUCGAAGAAAUUAUCGCCGAGCUCUUGAUGCUUUUUAAAUUCGCCAGACAAGCCAACAACGGACCACGGGGACCCAAAUCGCUGCCUUUCUUCAUUUUUAGUCCGAAAGAUGGCGGCUUCCCGUUUCGCUUUGUUGAGCCAUGGGAUCUACCUACUCAAAAGAAGGGAAGCAGAGAUAAAUACAAAAUGGGAGAGAAAUACCCUGAUAGAGAAAGAGCAAGAACCCAUUUUCGACAGAUGUACAGCGAGGAAGUAAACGGCGGACCGAAUCACGAAAAGAACAUCUUUUUCUAUCAGAAAAAGAUGAACGGAGAUGCGAGACGGAACAACGAGAAAAUUCGACAUUUUGCCGCUGAACCAAGAGCGUUUGGCAAAGAUCAUCAUAACGACCACGAGUCACCUUAUGACAGAGAAAAUCGCGCAAAGGAAAACCAACGAGAAAGGCACAAAACAGGGCGGACAUUUAGCAAAGAACACGGCGACGAUUUUCCUGGACGAGCAAGGAGCAUGCAAGAGAAUAUAAACUUCAACAAGAGGAGUUUUCACAUACACAAGGAUGGGCGGGAAAACGGAAGGAAAGGAACAGACAUACCGGACGUCAGGGGGUAUUUCCCCACCUCAAGACUUCCGACAAGACAGAUGAAAGACAGAAGAACUUUCAUACGCGACACGCUUAGCAAAGGUAAACAACGUGGAUAGUAGGUAAGGCCAUAGUAGGUAAAUUUUAAGGACAGCAUUCUCUGUAGACUACAAAAAUAAUGAGAUGGGGCAAAAAAACAAGAUUGCUAAAUUUUCGAAAUAGACACCAAAAAUGUUGUAACAAGAGUUGAAGUGACAAGUGGUAGCACUGACAACAAAAUUCCUGUAUUCAAAAAGUGAACUAGUGUAGUAGAAGUGACACUAGUGUGGCACAUUGGUAUUACUUACCAAGUUGGCAACUACUAGUAUAUUGUAACCGUCCUGUGAGAUCUUUUUGAGCAGGUUUGACUGUAGUUUAACCAGCAAUAUAGAGAUAGAUACUUAAUAGAGUAUGGAGAGGAAAAUUGGACAUCAAAAAUUCAUAUCCUUCUAUCUAGUACUCUCUCUCUAUAUAUGAUCUACAUGUAUAAAAUACUGUGCCUUGAGAACAAUUAUUUUAGAUCAUAAAAGUUUUGUGGAGAAACCUUUCAUGCUUUGCCAAGUUUCCAUUUAUUUCUUAUCUAUUGUAUUUCUUAUCUAGAUUAAAGAUUGGGUCCAUCAUCUUGUUCAGUCUUUAUUCAAAAACAAGCCACACGAAAGUCUUACCAUUUCAUUUCUCAAAACUGAGCACCAUGUAGUUCAUGCAUCAUGCAAUAACAUAUUGUUAGUUCAUCUCAGUUAUGGAUAACAUAAACAAUAGGCAUUCCUAUCAUCUAAACCUGGUCUUCUGGAGAAUGUCAGUCAUGCAAAAAGCAUUGCUAUAUAAAACAAUAUCUGGGGGAUGACAAUUACACCCCUGCCUUCUUUGUUCUUCUAUCACACCAAGCAGGCACACCUCUUAGCCUGGCACCUGUCCAUCUUCAGGUUGGCUCUAUCAAUAACAAACUUAAUAACCAACAGAUCAACCUUAAAAGGGACAAGUUCCAGGCUAUGCAUAUGUCUUUCCUCUCAUUACAAAACUAUCACAUCAGGUAUAAUCCAGUGAUAUAUACAUGUACAGCAAAAAUGUGUUUUUGGUCCUUUAACAACAUUGAGGAAAUUUGGGACAUUUCCUUGACCCUUUUACAAACUUAGAACAAAAUUUAAUGUUCCUUGACCUUUUUAUAAAAUUGGAAUAAAAUUUAAAUUCUAAUGUUCCUUGACCAUUUUACGAAAUUGGAAGAAAUGUUUCCUUGACAGUUUUACGAAAUUGGGAGAAAUGUUUCCUUGACCCUUUUACAAAUUUUCCUUGACACUUUUACAAAUUGGGACAAAUUUUCCUUGACACUUUUACAGAAGUCAAAACAGGGGAAAUGUUCCCAGUCCUUUAACAGACAGCUAUUUGCUGGUAACACCUUAAAAACCUUGUGGUGCAUCAUACUAGUAUAUGAUACUUGGUUAAGUCUUUCUGACUAAGGAGACCAAGCAAGAAACUGACUAGAAAGCAGCAACAGACAGAAGCGCCACCUACUGAUUUGAAAUGGAAUGUCAGGUUCAAAAGGUUGAGACAGAGCAGGCAGUGGUUUAAUUUGACUGCCAGCUACACUGUACAUUUAUAACUUGUCUCCCUCGAUCUGUAACAUUUCUCACAUUGAAGACAUGCCUCCAUACUCAUACAAGAUUACUGUAUAAAAAUACCUCUUACACAUUGCCAAUAUCAGCAAUUAGUUGUCAAUUCUUACACUUAUAACUGAAUUUACCAUUGUUAGAUCCAUUUCCUAUGGCCCUUGCUAAACAAUUACCUACAAUGUUGAGAAGCAAUAUUGAAAACUGACACUUACACAAUACUAUACACACCAAACAUCACCUGGUUUAAAUCACAAAAAAAUAAAACUUAAAGCACAAAAGUCACAAUUCUUCAAAUAUUGAAAGAGCAUUACAUAUUUACAAAAGAUUUUUUUUCAAAGAUGAGACUGUUACUUCCCCAUGUCACUCACCAAAGUUCCUGAGCAAAAAUAUUUGAUAAACCUUUCUUUGGAAAA